UACACACAGACAUCACAUUCUGACUCAAUGAGGAGCAGAGUGACAGGGGGAAUGUAAGAACUGGUGGAUCAUCAUACACACCUCUAACUGCUGAAAACAUAAAACAUGUCUGUGUGUAACACUACGCUGGGCGCCCCUGGCCUACUUUAAUCCUAUUGUGGAUCUGGAUGUGGGAAGCCGGCUGUGACAUUCAAUAUCAAGCAGAGGAGGUGGAGAUUUUCCAUUCUGAUAAACAGACCUGGCUGGAAUGGAAAUCUGACCCACCCAAAGAAUGGGGUAAAAUUUCGCUCAGAUUGGGUACAGCGAGUCCGGUACCCGUGCUCCAAGCUUGUCAAAGAAGCAUGACGAGGACUAUUUUAAGCCAGUGGAUGGAGCGGAAAGAUGCCCACCAUCUACUGAUGGAUGUUUCAUUUGCCCAAGAAGAGGAGCCAUCCGGUCAGCUGGGCCUGCUACAGGUUCACCUGUUUGACUCAAACAUGUCAAUUGGAAGUUUUCAAAAUACUGCGAUGGUCCUGGACCUUCAGACCUCCAAGCCGUUCCCUGAAACAGUCCCUCUAAAUCAAAUAUCCAGCUACCUGAACCACAGCCAUGCUCUGAGUCUGGGCUCCGUCAGCAGCCGGGGCUUCCAGCUGGCCUUCUCCUACUCAGGAACAUGUGUGCUGGUAACAUCCAUCAGACUGUACUACAGGAGGUGCCCUGACACCGUGGCUCACCUGGCCUUGUUUAAGGGGACCGGGGCCGUGUCGGGUCCGUUGACGGGUUCCUGCGUGGAUGGAGCUGGGGAGGUUUCCCCACCCAUUAGAGAGUGUGACGUGGAUGGAGUUUGGGGUCCACUGCAGGGGGGGUGUACCUGUGAAGCUGGUCAUCAAGUCAUGGAUGACACCUGUCAAGCAUGUAGGAUGGACUUUUACAAACCAGCCAAUGAGAGUGGAGAAUGCCGGCUGUGCCCGCCUCAUAGCAGGACGCGUGGGGAGGGAUCGGAGAGAUGCGACUGUCUGCAGGGUUUCAGCCGUCUGCCAAGCGACCCAGAUGAGCUCGGCUGCACCAAGCCGCCCUCCGCCCCUGUGAAUCUGAUGGCCUUUCAUCUUAAUGACUCUGUGCUGAUGGUGAAGUGGGAUCCUCCACAUGACUGGGGCGGCAGGCAGGAAGUGAAAUAUUGCGUCGAGUGCAAGAGGGAAGCAGAAUCUGGUGGUCGGUGGGAGGCAUGUGGGGACGAUGUGGUUUUCCUGCCAAACUCAACAGGGCUGACCGACACGUCAGUCAACAUCACAGAACUGAAUCCGCAGCGCAACUACAGACUCUCAGUGCAAGCCCUGAAUGACAUAUCCACCCUGCGGGGGGCGCCGCCUUCAUCCACCGCCACCGUCACCAUAUAUAGACGGAAAGUUCCACCUGUGCUGAUCACUGUGACCACAGACUCAAAUGUCUCAAAGCACCAAAUAGUGCCACCUCCUAAGCAGAGUCGCCUCUCCUUAUGGGUGACAGUCGGCGUUUUAUUCGGCGUCCUGCUGCUAGUGGCUGUAAUCCCCGUUGUUGUGUGUGUCCUGCGCAGCAACUACACUAAACUCAGGUCUGAAGCGGAAGUAGAGCUUUUGCCAAUGAAUGCAGGAUUUUCUUACCGACGCCCACAGGAGGAGGAGGAGGAUGCACCUCAAACGUCCAACACGGUGGAGAGUGUGGUCCAGCUGUUGGAGGGGCUCAGUGGUAGGCUGCUGGACAGUCUUAAGGAGGUCCUGGUGGAGAGAAACAAGCUCACCCUGGGCAAGGAGCUUGGCAAAGGAGAGUUUGGCUCAGUCUACGAAGGCGUCUUUACACCAGAUGAAGGCGUGAACAUCGAGGUGGCCGUAAAGACCAUGAGAGUUGGAAUCUACAGCCAGGAAGACUUGCAUGAGUUUUUGAGCGAGGCUGAGAUCAUGAAGAACUUUGAUCAUGAAAACGUGGUCAGACUACUCGGGGUUACUUUACAGAGAGAGCAGGACUCUCCUCUGCCUGUCCCUCUGGUCAUCAUGCCUUACAUGAAACAUGGAGACCUGCGCCGCUUCCUCAUUGCUACACGAUACGGCGAUAUUCCUAUGUAUGUGCCCCAUCAGAGUCUCCUGCGCUUCCUGAUCGACAUUGCAGCAGGGAUGAACUAUCUGAGCUUGCAGGGGUUCCUGCACAGAGACCUGGCUGCACGCAACUGCAUGCUGGGCGAUGACCUCAGGGUGUGUGUGGCUGACUUCGGCCUGUCCAAGAAAAUUUAUAGCAGCAGUUACUAUCGUCAAAAAGUAGCUAUCCGUAUGCCAAUCAAGUGGAUGGCCAUGGAGAGCCUGUCCGAGUCCGUCUACACCACCAAAAGUGAUGUGUGGUCCUUCGGGGUGACCGUGUGGGAGAUUGUGUCCCGGGGGAGGACUCCUUAUCCUGGAGUCCACAACCACGAGCUGCUGGAGCUGCUGGUGUCCGGACACAGGAUCAAACCCCCAGAGGACUGUGACCACAGGCUUUAUGAACUCAUGCAGAGCUGCUGGGACAAGGAGCCAAGCCGCAGGCCCAAUUUUGGGGAACUGGGUGAGAUGCUAAAAUGUCUUCUGUCGGAAAUGCCAGCACUGGAAGCCUGCCAGGAGGCCAGCUACAUCAACCACGGCCUGGAGGUUGCUGCUGCUGUUGCUGCCACUCAGGAACCUCAGACAGAGUCUGGAGGAAGAUGGGAAAAUAUCUACCUGCCUAAUCCUGUGGGUGCUGCUGCUGCCAUAGAUGACAAUGUGGAAGUAGAGGAUGGCUACCUAAAGUAUGAUGCUGCUGCCUCAGCAGAUAAAGGGGGCUAUGGUCACUAAAAACAGCAGUGUUUUAUAAUAAUUCUGUAUCUAAAGUGGACCUCUCAUGAGCUGUGUGUGAGAGAGAGGCAGAUAUAUGUGGUUACUGAAUAUGAAAGUUGUUAUAGAGUGAGCGACAGUAACUAAAAUGCAUUUUGCACUUUUUAAACAUUUUGUAUAUCUGUUUUGUACAUCUGUUACUAUAAAUGACCUGUUAAUAGAAAAGAUACACACAAGUUUAUGGAAGUCCAUUCCUUUAUUUUAUGAAAUAAAUGAAAA